GAUUUUAAAAUCAUCGAUGGUUUCCAACAUUGAAAUGUUGCCUCGCCCCCGUUUCUGUUGUAAAUUAUCUUUCUACCUACCAAGCACAUACUCCAAUUGCACACCCUCAAAAUGGAACUCUCUCUGUAUUCAUCACUGCUUGUCGUCUUCAUCACUUGGAUUCUAUCGUCCCAAUUGGCCUCGUAUUUGCGCUCACGCCGCUACAAUGCAGAUGCGCCAUUGAUAGGGAAUUCGUGGUGGGAAACUUUGACGCGGAGGGGGUUGUCGGGGAAGGAAUUGUUGGUUGGUGCUUAUCAAAAGUACUCGAAAAAUGGAAAGGCGUUUCGUAUGAAUGGACCGCUGGGUCCUCAGUGGGCAUUGCCUACUUCUGUUUUUGCGCAGGCGGGGAAGAUGGGGACGGGAGAUUUGGAUCCGUAUGAGGCGAUUGAAGAUUUCCUCCUCAUGCGACCCUUCAUCUCCGCCGAAAGCGAAGACAUGAUGACCUUUGUCAUUUCCAAGCUAACCCGGUCGAUUCCCGAGAUCAUCCCGCUCCUGCUCGCGGAAACCACGACGGCGUUUCGAGAAAAUUUUGCGCCGGGGGGCGCGAGUGAGAUUGAUGCGGAGGGGUGGACUCACACGUGUUUGUUUCGGCAUGUGAAUGUUGCGCUGGCGAAAAUCGUGUCGCGCAUCCUGUGUGGAGAGAAAUAUUCGGGCGAUGCGGUGUGGGUUGAUAAUGUGGCGACGUUUGCGCGGGGGAUUUUCUUUUCUGGAUUGUUGUUGCGACGCUUGCCGAGGUGGAGUCAUGGGGUUGUGGCGCCGUGGAUGAAGACGACGAAGCAGGUUCGGGUUAUUGAGAGGAUGAUCACGCAGGAUGUGAGGGGGUUGAUUAGGGGAGAUGUUACGGGGGCGGAGUACGAGAGGGGGGUUGUCUUGCCGAUGUUGGUGGAGGAUGUCAGGGGGAAGAAAGCAUUUGAGGGGAAGGGGGAGGAGGAAUUGCUGUGGGGGGUGAAUAAUAGGAUUUGUAGGUUCUUUUUUGCGACGGUCGAUACGACGACGCUUACUUUUACGCACGUGCUUUAUGAUGUUGUUGGGCAUGAGAAGGAGCUAUAUGUAGAGCCGAUGAGGAGGGAGAUUCGAGAUGUGUGGAAGAAGUUUGAAGGGGUGUGGAAUCGAGAAAGUCUCGGGGAGUUGAAAAGCUUGGAUGCUUUUAUGAGGGAGAGUCAGAGACUACAUCCCUUGGGAUAUACAUUGGGUAGCAGGAAGGUGGCGAAGAGAGAAGGAUUGGAUUUUGUUGCUAAGGGAGAAGAUGGGGAAAGGGUUAUUCAUAUUCCGUAUGGAGAGAGGAUUGAGGGAAUGGCAUGGGCUAUCCAUCAAGAUGCUGAGCAUUACGAAGAUGCAGAUGUGUUUAAGGGGUUUAGAACUAGGGAUGAGACGAUAGCGGGUUCGAACCCGAGUGAAAGGUUCAUGAGUUUCGGAUAUGGUCGUCAUGCCUGUCCAGGCCGCUACGUAGCUCUCACGAUUGAGAAGAUCAUGUUGGUUGAAUUCCUCAUGAACUACGAUUGGAAGGAGAUGGAUAGAUUGAAAGAUUGGUCGUUUGGAUGGAAUAAUAUUCCAGAUAUGGCCAGUAAAGUCCACAUUAGAAGAUUGAGUAAAGAGGAAGCGGAAAAGUUGUGGGAGUAGCCAGCGUAUCUAACAUAGCAGGGUGUGACUUGUGGUGCAGAAAUCAAAUGGUUUGCGGUUUAUGGGUGGAGUUAUUGUUUUUAUAGAAAUAGAGCGUGAGCUUCCGGUUUUACAAAUCUUCAAUUGGGAACUAUGGGAUUGGUGUGUUCAUCAGAUAUGUAUUGGAAUGUUGGUAGCUAGUUAACCCAUUACUACUACUACUACUACUACUACUACUGCCAUAUCGCCAAACAUUAGCGAUUCUUGCGGGUUAACUUUUUUAUAAGUCA